UCCAUCUCCAGAUUCCCCACUCAUCAUGGCCAAUUCUCUCCUCAUGCUUCGUAUUUCUUCCUUCUUCUUGCUGCUACCACUAACUAGUCAACUACUACAUGCAGACUUGUCUAUGAUCUUCAUCCCUGUCUUACUUUUUUACUUUCGCUUUAAACUACCGAAGUCUUGAAGCCUUGGACCGACUCCCUUCCUGACACCCGAUCCUGAUCCUGAUCCUGAUCGUGCGUCUUGGAGUCGGCCACUUUAAUUUAACUGAUCCUCAUCCUUUUUCCUCUUUCUUCUCUUCCUCCUCGUCCCUCUUCCUCCGCUUCCUUUUUUCCCUUCUUCUCUGCUGUCUCAGUCUUCCCAAUGUCUUGACCAAUCCUUUUUUCUGUAUUCUAUUCUAUCUAUUCAUCAAACCAUCAUGUCUUCGGUUAUUUCUCGCCCCGCCGUCAGUAUCGACCGGCUCACUCCGCGCCGAGUCACUGCCGAACCGCGCGAGUCCAUGAACUGCAAAUCAUGUCGAAAGCGAAAGAUCAAAUGCAAUCGUAUGCGUCCUAGCUGUGAAGCAUGCAAGGUCUUUCAAUGCCCAUGCAUCUACGAUGCCGUCCCCAAAAAGCGCGGCCCCAAAACAGACGUCCUCGAAGCCCUGCUCAAGCGUGUCGACGGUCUCGAGAAACGUCUGCAGGAUGAAAAUAAAAACCCCAUCUCGCCUACCUCCCCGUCGAACCGGACAAGGAACCUCCUGAUCCGUCCGCCUCGAUGCAUGCCCUCGCCCGCGCAUCCACCUCCAGCGCCUCCACUACCACCGGCCCCCAUCCGAACCUUUUCCACGGCCAUUCUCCUUUCCCUCGCAGCCGUCGCCUCCCGUGCAUCACUUUGCCCUGCCGGAUUCCAUGUUGGAUGCAGUCAUCAGAUGGGGCAAUUGCCUGCCGCGUUGUCGAUGGCCAUCUACGCCAUUACCUUGCGAUAUACGAGCUCGCCCAACACCCCCGAGCAGUCCCUGCGCAUGGCCCUGGAUUAUGCUCUGCAGGCCCGACGCAUGGUGGAUGUGGAUCAACCGACCAUGGAUGGGCUGCAGGCCCUGCUUCUACUCUCGCAGACAUACUUUGCCCAUGGUCUGGGCAAAAAGGCCUAUAUGACUUUCACCAACUGUGCCUCCAUGGCCAUUGCUCUGGACCUCUACCGCGAGCCCUCGAAGAGUCUGCCCGCCGCGGAACGCGAGAUGCGCCGCCGGCUCUUCUGGGCCGUCUACAUCAUGGACCGCUUCCUCACCUGCGGCUCGAAACGGCCCGGCCUCAUCGCCGACCACUCCAUCGUCCUGCGGCUUCCCGCUUGGUCCCCGCAUGCGGCCGGACUCAACGUCGAAGGGGAGCUCUUCAACACCGUCGGCCCCAACAUCCAGUACUCGAGCGACCCGCGCCGCAAACCCGGGGCCACCGCCCUGCUCAUCGACAUCACCCGUAUCCUGGGGAUCACCAACCGCUACCUGGCCGCCGGCGGUGUCAAGGGCGACUCGCACUUCCCCUGGCACUCGCUGUCCAACCUGUCCAAAAUCCGUCAGGAACUGGACAUCUGGGCCACGGGCACCCAGGACGUUUUUGCGUCGGUGGAAGCCCUGUUCGGCCAUCCCGAGAGCUCCAUCCUGCUGCUGAGCAAGCUUAUCUAUCAUCUCGUCCACUGUCUGAUCUACCGCCCGUUCCUGCCGAUUGACCUGGUCGAGCUGCGCGGCACCGGCCAGCACCAGUCGUGGCAGAUCGAGGCUACGAACCUGUGUUUUUCGCACUCCAACGCCAUCGCCGAGCUGGUCGAGCUGGCCCGCAACUCGCCCCUGAUCGAAUGGCCCGCCUUUGUGGGGUACUGCGUCUGCACGGCGGGAACGGUCCACGUGCACGGCGUGCACUACAAGGGCCGCGAGGGCGAGGUGUUUUCGUCCAGCGCCGAGUUUCUUACUCGUGAGAUGCACCAGCUGACCUGGCUGGGGUCCUACUGGGCUGGGGUCCAGCAUCAGCGCGAGAUGCUGCAGACCAUCUACACCUGCCACGCCGAGCUAGUCCGCACGCUGGCCACGAGUCCCAUGCGCUUUUCGCCCGUCUUUCACCUGGAGGACUUUCUAGAUCGGUAUCCCGGUCUGACGGCCGACGGGUCGCACGUGCGCUUGGUCGAUAUGGAUGAUAUCCCCCAAUUGGACCCAUACUACCGACCCAUGACCGCAUAUCCCAUGUACCAUAACCAACCGCCCCGUGCACCCGUCACCCUUCCAUCCAACCACAGCCCGUCGCCGCGCCGCGACUCGCACAGCACCACCAGCACCGCGACGACCAAGCCGCCCGGUGUCUCAUCCCCAUCGCUCACCUUUCAUCAAUCGCAACUCCAAUCUACAUUUACCCUCGGCAACGCCGACCUGACCCAUCCUUCUGCCUCGGAUGCCACCAACGCCAUGUUCGGCUUCUCGCCGCCCGCCUUCCUGACAGAGUCGCUACACGUGGCGCCCACUCCGCCCUCGCACCCACAGUACGCCACCUUCCCCUUCGACAGCAGCAGCAGCAACAACAACAACAACAACAACAACAACCACCAUCAAAACCACACCGGCCAAACGAUCAUGACGCCCGGCGCGCAGUCCCAGGCCAGUUCAUCGCAUACUGCCGGCGCCGGCGGCGGCAGCAGCGAGGCGGGGUCCCUCGAGAAGGAUCCCUUCCUAAGUCUGCUGGAGCAGUUGGCGGAGAAUGAGCAGAAUUCUGCGGGUGGGCCGAGCGAAUUGGAUUUCUUCCUUGGUGGGGUGGAUGUCGAGGUGGGCGAGAAGGAGUAA